CCCAAUUCACUAACCUUAAUUUUUUCUAAACCUAAACCUAGCUUCUUCAGCCACCACUCACCUUCCUCCUAACCCUAAUACCCAUGGUACCAAGAAGAAAGAAAAUAGCAAAGAGGAACAAAGCUGAGAAAUGAGAGAUUCAGAGGGUGAGGGAGUCGCGAGGAAGAAGUGAAGGAGAGGGAGAAGAAUGCGCCUUCCACCACACCCCGUCACACCCAGCUGCAUUCUGCUCGCCAUCGUGCCAUCCACCAAUGCUGAGAGGGAAGAGAGAAACAGAGGAGAGUGGUGUCACGUCUGCUGCGAGCUCGCCGUUGAGGGAAGCCGCCGUCGCCAUCGUCGUCCUCAUCGGUGACCCAGCCACCUUCAUCGCCGUUCAUCCUCGUUGCCGCCGUCACUGCACCCUACCAAGUUGCCAUCGAGAUGACUGAACAGAUGAGAGAUAGAGAGAGGGAUGCCGUCGAGGAUAGAGAAGGAGCUUGCGAGAGAGAGCUCAUUGCCGCUGCUGCUGUGGUUUCCUCACUAUCACCGUUGUUGGGUAUUCACCGGAGGGAGCCAUCGUUGUCAGCGCCGCCGUCGGAGUUACCACCGCUUUGUUCCGGCAUCCAUCCUGAGCACGGGUCGAGUUCCGAGAAAUUGCAUGUCAAAAUUAAGGUUGUGGGUGAACCACCGGAGUUUCUGGCCGCUGUUGGAGCUGCCGCCGGGUCAGCUCGGGAUUGCGGCUGCUCUAUUCUACUAUUACCGUAAGUGUACUUUAUUUCAAACCCA